AAGAUUGCGUUAUUACGGAUGCGCCUACGUAGCUAUGACGUUCUCUGACUGGCCAGUUUUCCUGGUUACAACUGCAUCAUUUACAGUGUUAUGUUUAUCUCUUCGGUACAGGCGAAUAGGACGCACUGCUUGGAUCAAUUUAUUCAAGAAGAUAAUGGCACGCACGGAGAAGCCAUUGUUUCGGAUUGCAUACACGUUAUACACCAGGACCAAACUGGGUUACAUGUACUACAAAAGGCAAAUGAGGAAGGCUCGAGAGCAAUUUCCCACCGGCCAUUCUAGGACACAGCCAAUGGAAUUCAAUGGUAUUAAAAUCAUACCCAUCUCAGUUCUCUCCGACAACUACAGCUACCUUAUAAUAGACACUGAAUCCAGUGUGGCUGUAGUAGUGGACCCUGCAGAUCCACAAGCAGUUCAGGCAUUCCUGGAGAAGGAAGGUGUUAUGUUGGAAGCCAUCUUCUGCACGCAUAAACAUUGGGACCACAGUGGGGGUAACAAAGGCCUGAAAAGGCUCCACAACGCCUGCCGGGUGUAUGGGAAUGCAACUGAUAACAUUCCGGGACUCACACACCCCCUCUCAGACACGGACUGUGUGACUGUUGGACGCAUGACUUUCAGGGCCCUCUUCACCCCUGGACACACCGUUGGUCACAUGAUCUACCUCCUGGAUGGACGGGCCAUCAGAGCACCUUCCAGCCUAUUCUCUGGAGACCUUGUCUUCCUCUGUGGAUGUGGGAGGAUGUUUGAAGGCAGUGCUACAACAAUGCUGUCUUCUCUUGACACAGUCAGCUCCUUAAGCGAUGAAACCCUUCUCUGGCCGGGCCAUGAGUAUGCAGAAGAUAACCUGCUGUUUGCUGCUGAGGUAGAGCCUCGGAACACUGCCAGGGAAAACAAGUAUCAGUGGGUGCAAAAACAGAGAGGUCAGAAGCUAUGCACGAGCCCCUCCACCAUAGGAGAGGAGAAGGAGUACAAUCCCUUCCUGCGGAUCCACUCAGUGGCUCUUCACCAGGCCCUGGGUCUCCAGCAGUAUCAAGAUGAAGACUGGAACCAGUUUAGGGCCCGCGUCUUGGGGGAGCUACGCAGACUCAAAGAUGUUUACAAGGGAAAGAAGUGACCUCAGUAGUGACGCGGUGGGGGCCCUGCAUAAGGCAGUGUUAUAAUAUUAUAGUGGUUUUAGGACUGAAGUGAAACUUUAAGCUAUGAAUGGAGUGAAAGGUUUAGGGAACAAAAUGACAUACAAGUACAACACUAAAAAGCAGUGUGUAGGUUGUUGUUGCUGGCAUUCCAUUCAUUAUAGCAUCAGACCUUUAAUGUAAAUUAAGAUAUCUUGGACUUUUUCAGUUAAAUGUGAAAACUUGCUCGAAGUCACGACUCAAUAUUUACUUAAGGUAUGCACAGUACUGUAUUGUACUUAACUGUAAGCUCAGCUGUAAUCAGCACAAUUUCAGAAGUUUAAAUUUACAUUUAGCAGACGCUCUUAUCCAGAGCGACUUACAGUAAGUACAGGGACAUUCUCCCCGAGGCAAGUGCCUUGCCCAAGGACACAACGUCAUUUUGCAUGGCCGGGAAUCGAACUGGCAACCUUCUGAUUAAUAGCCCAACUCCCUAACCGCUCAGCCAUCUGACCCUAAAUUAAAGAUGUUUUAUUGAUAGUUUUUAACUUAUCGAACAAAGGUACUACAAUGUGAUUCAGUGCUUGGUUACUCCACUUUAUGUACUCAUUUGAAAAACAACCUAAUCAUCCACUCAUGAGUCACUAACUGGUGAUGGGACAGGUAGUGAACACUGAUAGCUGCUAUUAAAUACUAAUGUGUAUUUUUUCCCAAAAAAUACUGAGCUUUUUAGAAGAGCAUAUUGAUUAAUAAUGAAAAAGAAGCAAAAUAAAUGUUGGUGUGACAUGAUUGAUUCAAACCUCCAGAUUGAAGAUAGUAAUAGUUUUACAGGAGCGUACUAAUGCCAUAUUGAUACCACAUGAUGUAGCUACAACUUGUUUUUUUCCUAUAUGCACUGUGUUUUUUUACUUAAUUUGGAUUAAAUGUGAUAAGAAAUACAGUGACAAGUAGAAUUUCAGUAUUUCUUUUUGGGGCAUAGUAUGACAAGCCUAAUUGAUGAUCUAACAUCAUCCUUAAAAAGUAAGGAUAUCAUGAUUUUCUUUACUCCUUUUUACUCCAUUAUUAAAGGCCUUUUGUAACCAAAAUUGUGAACAAUUAACAGUAGUAGUAAUAGUUAAUUAACUAAACAACAGAUACGUGGAUUUAUAUAAUUUUUUGGUAAAAUACAAUGCUUUAUUUUAAUAAGGAUUUGAGGCAUUUCUU